GGAGCUUGAUCUCCCUACCUCAGGGCUGCAGCUCGGUUCCUAAGCGCUCAGUUCUCAUUCACUUUCAGCUGCUGCUCCUUUGACUCUGGGAUAGCGGGGAACAUGCCUCUGGGCUGUGUGCCGUCACCACUUUUAUUGCUCUGUUCCUUUCUUCUAAUCCUCUUCUCUCAUCGUGUGACAGCCGAGGAACCUACAGCCGAUGUCGCAGCGAUUUCCCCAGAUAAACUUCUGGUUUUAACAGUAGCCACACGAGAAACAGAUGGCUUCCAUCGCUUCAUGCAGUCUGCAAGGCACUUCAGCUAUACUGUGAAGGUUCUAGGAAAAGGUAUAGAAUGGAAAGGUGGAGAUGUAGCAAAUACAAUAGGUGGUGGACAGAAGGUCCGGUUGUUAAAAGAGGCAUUGGAAAGCCUUGAGGACCAAGAUGAUCUUGUUAUUCUCUUUACUGAUAGCUAUGAUGUUAUCUUUGCUGGAGGCCCAGAGGAGGUGCUGCUAAAGUUCCAGCAGUCUAACCAUAAGGUUGUUUUUGCUGCUGAAGGAUUAAUAUGGCCAGAUAAAAGAUUGGCUGACAAGUAUCCUGUUGUCCGCAGUGGGAAACGAUUCCUUAAUUCAGGAGGAUUUAUCGGAUAUCUACCAAAUGUUAAACAAAUUGUGCAGCAAUGGGAUCUCCAGGAUAAUGAUGAUGAUCAACUUUUCUACACCAAAAUCUACAUUGACCAAAUCCAAAGGGAGAGCAUCAGUAUCACGCUGGAUCACAAAUCAACACUUUUCCAGAACAUAAAUGGUGCACUUGAUGAAGUUAUUUUAGCAUUUGAAGAUGGAAAAGCACGUGUUAAAAAUUCUCAGUACGACUCCUUACCAGUUUUAAUACACGGCAAUGGCCCAACAAAGCUUCAGUUGAACUACUUUGGUAACUACAUUCCCAACGUUUGGGCACCUGAAACUGGAUGCGGGACUUGUGAUUUAGACACAACUGAUUUAUCUACCGCAAAUGCUUAUCCAAAAGUAACAGUUGGAAUAUUUAUUGAGCAGCCCACUCCUUUCUUGCCUGAAUUCUUCAACAGAUUGCUGGCAUUAGAUUAUCCCAAAGAGAAUAUGAAUUUCUUCAUACAUAACAGUGAAGUGUAUCAUGAACAGCACAUUGUGAAGUUUUGGGAACAAGCCAAGAAUGUUAUUGGAAAUCUAAAAGUUGUUGGACCGGAAGAGCCAAUCAUGCAGGCUGAAGCCAGAAAUAUGGGAAUGAACACCUGUCGGCAAGAUAAAGAAUGUGACUAUUACUUUAAUAUUGAUGCUGAUGUUAUGCUGACCAAUCCGCAGACUUUAAAAAUACUUAUCGAACAAAACAGAAAAAUUAUUGCACCUCUUGUAACUCGUCAUGGCAAACUCUGGUCCAACUUCUGGGGUGCACUGACCCCAGAUGGAUACUAUGCACGAUCUGAAGAUUAUGUGGAUAUUGUACAAGGCAAAAGAGUAGGUCUAUGGAACAUGCCUUAUGUAGCCCAUGUGUAUUUGAUAAAAGGAGAAACUCUCAGGUCAGAAAUGAAGGAGAGAAAUCUGUUUUCUCUGGACAGACUGGAUCCUGACAUGGCACUCUGCAGAAACGCCAGGGAAAUGAAUUUACAGAGAGAAAAAGACUCCCCAUCUCCGGCAACUUUCCAUAUGUUCAGCCCCCCAAAGGGUGUUUUCAUGUACAUAACAAACAGACAUGAAUUCGGAAGACUACUUUCAACUGCCAAUUACAAUACUACUCACUAUAACAAUGACCUCUGGCAAAUUUUUGAAAAUCCUGUGGACUGGAGAGAAAAAUAUAUAAAUGCAAACUACUCAAAGAUCUUUACACAAAACAUUGUCGAGCAGCCAUGUCCAGACGUCUUCUGGUUUCCAGUGCUUUCAGAAAAGGCCUGUGAUGAACUUGUAGAAGAAAUGGAGAACUUUGGUCAAUGGUCUGGCAGCGCACAUACAGAUACUCGAAUUGCUGGUGGAUAUGAGAAUGUGCCAACUGAUGAUAUCCAUAUGAACCAGAUUGGUUUAGAUAAUGAAUGGCUCCAUUUUAUAAGGGAAUACAUUGCUCCGAUAACUCUGAAAGUCUUUGCUGGCUAUUACACAAAGGGUCAUGCAUUGCUGAAUUUUGUUGUAAAAUAUACUCCAGAUAGACAGUCAUAUCUCCGUCCUCAUCAUGAUGCUUCAACAUUCACAAUCAAUAUUGCGCUUAACAAGAAAGAUACAGAUUUCCAGGGAGGUGGAUGUAGGUUUGCUAGAUAUAAUUGCUCGAUUGAGUCUCCAAGGAAGGGCUGGAGUUUCAUGCACCCAGGGCGUCUUACACACUUACACGAAGGUCUUCCUGUAACCAAUGGAACUAGAUACAUAGCAGUCUCAUUCAUUGAUCCAUAAAACCGAGAUGCCGACUUCUAAUUUUGUAGCAGCUCUUCUCAAGAGUUUUCUAUAUUUUUUGAUAAGUGACUUGUUAUAAUUUAUAAAAACUCCUUCCAAACAGAACAUUUGCUACUGUUUUCAAAACAUGUACUAACCACAAGAGGAAAUUUAUUUAUUUUUUUAAAAAUUUGUGAUUGAAAUUCAGCUGCCUCUAAUUUCACAUUUUUAAAAUGUGUAAGCUUUUGACUUAAGUGGGAUCCAUCAUCUCCUAUCAUAUUGUCUUAACCAUAAGUCUGCCUUUGAAACCAGACACCUCAUGAUAAGCCAGAAGGUGCCACAGGAAACCCUCUGAACUGCUGAUUGAGUAGUCUGCAAGGUAACCUCUGCAACUCCAUCCAAAGCCAAUCACUGUAAUGUGACCGCACCUAGUGACUCUCAGGCUGAAGCCUCACUAAUCACUUGACUGUGCUGCUGCUGCUGCUGCUGCCCUAGAAUUCUCUCAUGUCUAUACUAUUGGCUCUAAUACUUGAGACAAGAUUAGCAAUUUUAGAGCUUCCUUAGGCAGCCUUUUGCUGAUAUCAAUGCUAAUAGAAGAAUACUUGAGAUCUACAAGGAGAUGAUGGAUCCCAUUUUAAUACUGGACACAUUUUUCAUUUUUUUUUUUCAAAAGUGAUGCGAAUGCUAUUGUCUUUUUAAAAUAUUUGUAUUUUAACAUAAUUGUAGAAGAAAUAUAAAAGCUUCAGUGUCCAGUCUAGUUUAAUUUUGCCAGAAAUCUAAGGUGUAGAAAAUGAACCAAUGGAAUGGAACAUUUUCAGAUAAAGAUCUAGUCCCAGCAAUUAAUAUAAACAAAUGUGUUCCAAGCUGAUAUAAUAUCUUCAUAGAUUUAUUAGAAUAAUCCUGAAGGUAACUGAUAGUUCACUCUUGGGUAUAGCGUUCUACAGAAGAGUGUAUAAUAAUAAACCAAAAAUACAUUCCCAGUAAUGCCCGAUAAAUGAUUCCCAGUUUUAGUUCCAAUUGUUUUUUCUAAAUUAAGGUAGACUAUCAUACAAUGUUCCAUUUAAGUGUCAAAUCCUAUAAAUGUUUGUUAUCUAUGGGUAACACUUAUAUUUUUAAAGCAGCCGCAAAAUCUCAUGGGCACAGGCAUCUCAUAUGCCAUUGCCUUCAGCAUCCUUCUACCAUAAAAUCAAAAGCAUCUGGGGUUUCCAUUAGUUAAAAGCCAUCAUUAGUGCAUUCUCGCCCCCAUAUUCAGCUGUGUUUUAUAUAUAUAUUUCAAUGCAUUUAUGUCUGUACGCAACAAUGAUGCGUAUCGUUUUGAGGAACUUGAGGAACCAGGGAAAAAAGCGGCCACUUGAAACAUUAUUGGAUAGAUAAUAAAGAAAAGACACAAAAUUUAUAUAGGCACACCUGUGUUUCUCAAAUAAAACCCAAAUUUUAUUAAUUCUAUUAAAAAAAUACAUGUAUUAAAAUACGCAGAAGGAUAGAAAAGAAGGAAAAUUUAAAAGAAAGUCUCUGUCUAAUGGGCUGAUGGUAAGAGUUGUUACAGCAGUUAGUAAUUGCAGUCCUAAAGAGUUGUAACUGCUGUAUUUUAAUACAUGUAAUUUUUUAAUAGAAUUAAUAAAAUUUGGGUUUUAUUUGAGAAACACAGGUGUGCCUAUAUUGUGUCUUUUCUUUAUUAUCUAUCCAGUAAUUACACAAAUGCGCACCCUGAGGCUAUAGUGCAGGGUUGUCUUCCUUUCUUCGAUACUUGUAACAUUAUUGACACAUUUGUAAAGGGUGUGUUAGGCAUCCCCUUGUUGACCCUAGUCAAAUACCCCUUACUCCAUGCUGUUUAGAUGCAUCAGCCCAGGGUAGUUUUUAGCAGGUGGGAGACUACCUCCAUCUUCCACCAGCUUUUGUCAUCCCCUGCACUUUAGACUUGGCGUGUGUAGAGUAUAUUAUCCCUGUCCUGCUAAAAACUAACCCAGAUCAUUGUUCUUUUUCCUACUCACCAGUAGUGGAGAGUAAAUCAUUAGUGUCAGUGUGGAAUAAAUAACAGAUUGGUAACCCCAGAAAGUCAAGCUUUCCUUGUUAUAACUGGAAAUCUGGCGGGGGUUGGGGUAGGGAGCACAACUGAGCACAACCUUGUUCCCCCUCACUCCAGUCCGAUUACAGGAGAGGUAAGUGGUGUGUGAGGGUCUGUGAGUCUCCUGAAGUGACAGAAUCCAAUGUUUUGUUCUGCUUAAUUCCUAAGCCUGAGCAAGCGGCAAGUUGUGUUUAAUUGUCUACCAAAGUGAAGUGCCUUAAAUAGACAAUAUUGUACUUACUCUAUACACAAAGUGACUCCUUUUCUUCCAAGAUUUGUACACUUGGAGACAUUUAAUGGCCGAGAAUGGCAAAUGCUUGCACAUUUUAAAAAUGUGUUUUAAGAUAAGUACAUUUUAUGAACAUGUCAAAUUACUUGAAUUGUGUUUUUUUUGUUUCUUUGUUUUUCUUUUUUUUCAACGGUGAUAUAUUUUUAAAUAAAUUGUCUUGAGAAGUGUCUAUGAUAUGAUUUGCAUACGUGCAGUUCUUUUUACUUGUUUGUUGUACUUGACCAAAUCUUUGGCCCUGAAGAGCGGGCGAUGUCAAAAACUUGUGAUAAAUAAAUAAUUUAAAAUACUGCA